UAAAAUAGUUAAUAUAGAAAAACAACUGCCUAAUUGGGUUGGGUGCAAAAAUUGUAUCUUUACUUGCAUCACGCGACUUACAUAUCGUGACCGAAGAUUCGGAAUAUCCGACCUCCGAAUAACCGUAACUGCCCAGACGAUCGCCCCCGAAACUAGACAAAAUAUCUUGUUACGAACAGCACACUCCACUAUAACUUGUAUUGUGUAUAACUACAGCCCGAUUGCUACUGAUAUUUCGCUACUGAUUGCUAAUUAGUUUCUGGCCACUAACCACCACGCCAGUGUCGUUUAGUACAAAACUUUAGCCUAGAUGAAGCUAACUCGAAAUGCAGCAUUAGUGGCCCUCUAUAUCGUGGGGUCCACCACAGCCAUGGCAUGGUCACUAUUUGAUUCAUUAACUAAGGCCACUACUUUUGAAAUGCUCGUAAUAGAACUCACAUCAGAUCUCAAGUUGAAGAUUCUUCUCAAUUCUAUGGUGGCAGCUUUCGGAAUAAUCGGAAAACUCCUACAGGUAAUCAUAUUUGGUGAAUUACGAAUCCUUGAGGUAGAGAAGUUGUUUGACUAUUUACCUAUGUUCAUAUUCAACCUCUUGUUGAAUCUUACAGCAUUCGAUGAUUCGCUCUUGAAUUGUUACUUAUUCUGUUGCUCCACAUUGAACAAAUUCAUCCAUAUCAUAUUGGUCGAGAGAAUUAAUUUCAUUAAUAUAAAGAUCACGAAUAAUGUGAAUAUUGCUUCUACAAGUCGUUGGGCCGUAUUACGUAAAUAUGGAUUAAACCAUUACGUAUGGUUGAAUUUAAUAUUGGUUAUUACUGACUUUGCUACCGCUAAAUUCUUAGUGUACGAUGUAUUUCAAGGUAUCAAUUCCGUGGUAUGUCUCUUGUUUGGGUUCCAAUUUGCCAUCCAGGGAGUUGAGAUCUUGAGUUACUUCUGUAAACUACUCAUUAACAUCUAUGAGGUUAUGUUCUAUCUUGCUGAGCAAGGCAAUGAAGAUGAUGUAGAUACUGAUGGAAAUGAGAUUGAUUUGGAUAUUGAGAAGGAGAAUGUAUGGGAACACAAGGUAUAUUACAGUAAAUCUAUUGAUAUCACAUCAUCAAUCCUUAAGGCUGGAGCCCAUUUAGGAUUUAUCUAUCUUCUAACUAUUGGAUCAGGAAUCACAUUCCCGUUCUCCAUGAUUCAGGGAACAUUGGCAUCUGUCAAGGAUACCUACACGGAGAUAACGCAAUUGAUUAAGUUCAUUCAAUCAUCUAAGAGAUUAGAGAGUCAGCUACCAGAUGCUGAUCAGACGGAAUUGGAUAACGUUGAUAAUGUUUGUAUUAUCUGUCGGGAUGAUAUGUACUCGGUGGAGAAGUACAAUGCCGAUCAUCCUAGAAACCAUUUACCGGCUAGAAAGCAUCCUAAGAAACUUAAGUGUGGACAUAUCCUACAUAUGGGUUGUUUGAAGGACUGGUUGGAACGUUCCGAGAGCUGUCCUUUAUGUAGACAGAACGUAUUCCAGGAUCCAUCACAAGCUCGACAAUCACAAACACAAACACAAGUACAACAAGCACAGGCACAGGUACAACGACCACAAGAACAACAACAACAACAACAACAACAACAACAACAACAACAACAACAACAACAACAACAGCCGGUAGCAGAGGAUCAUAUACUUGGUAAUCAACUAGGCGAAAUAGCCGACUUGUUCAAUGGUGAUGUCCAUGAGCCCUUCACAAAUGAAGACUCAUCCACCAGUGGCACUACCAGCAGUAGUGAACAUUUUAUUCCUACGCCCACCACGACUGAACCUGACUCACACAACAUUCGACUUCCUAAGACGGCCAUAGUCCCACCGGGGUGGACACUAAUCCCACUACAGACAGUGGAUCAACAGAAUCAACAGUAUAUAGUAAGUUUCUCAAGAUCAGCUCAGGGUAAGCUAACUGUUCGCCGGGACACUUCAAGCACUACGUAAACUUGUAUAGGGAUAUUAA